AUGUAUAGAACUCGGAUUUGAAAGGAAAUAUUUAUAAUUUUUUUGAAAAUUCCAAACAUAUUUCAUUUAAUUUUAAUUUUAAUAGAUAUCUAAACAUCAUCUUAGAUUCUUAGUAGAAUGGUGAAGUUAUUGAUAUUACAAUAAUCAAUAUGUAGAUUAUUUUCUGUCUGUCGUCGACUUUUAGGACAGAGAAAAUGUUUUAAUUUUUAACUUUGAUAAUUGAGUCUAAUAGAAAAACGAAUCCAGUUAGUACCUUGGGAGAAAUGGUCGAAAAACUCCAAGCUUUUUUCUCAAUAUUCAAUGUUCUAAUAAUACCUAAAAUUUAAUACAAGUGAUAACAUCUGAGCCGCUAGGGUGCGCUCACUGAUGUGUACGAUAGUUGUACUUGUGCAAAGUGCACCUACAUUAAAUUAAGUUGUUGCCCGUGUGUGCUGGCGUCGCCAUCGGGUGUUCGUGUUAUGUAGCCAGACGGUUAAAACAUGAAUUCAAUGGAAGGCUCUGAGACCAGCUACAACUUGCCGACUGGCAGUUGCUUGACAAUGAUCAGAAAUCUAGUAUCUCAAUUCAACGACCUGUUCAGCGAUUUUAAUCGAUAUAUCUCUCCAGCCUACCAUCACGAUCGAUGCGAACGAUCAGUGCACAUGCGUUUGUAUUCAAUGAACAAACGGGAAUUCGUGAUGGUUUUCAUCGUCCUGUUGACGGCCAUGGGACUAGUGUUAUUCAUCGGUUUAACGGGACCUCCAAUCACUGUUACGAGUAAGAUAAGCGGAGUCGAAGUAUUGAAGCACACGAACGGAUCGUUGCCACAGGGGCCAUUCGUCAUGAAAACCCCCAGUCUGUCGGUGUACAACCAACGAUUGUGGUUAAUUGCAGUCGUACUGACAGACAACAAAGACGACGAGACUUAUGAUAAAAGUUUCAAGAUCAGCAUGGCCAUCAAGGGAAUCACCCAACAGCAUAAAACUACUGAUAUAGUAAAAGUAUUUAAAAACAACAGGACAAGACAUUUACUUUGUAAACAACAGAUAUGUAGUCAAGUGCCUAUUGCUCAUAUUGGUUACAUACAUUAUACUCAUUAUAUGUUUGAGGUAGAUUUUUAUAAUCUAGAGACUUUUCAUCAAAAGUAUCAAGUAAAAGAAGUAAUGUUUUAUUAUAAAUCGUACAAUCCAGGCUACACCCAGAUGGAAAUAUGGUUCAGACUAAUUUAUUUACUCCAAGCUUUUGCAGUGCUUUGUUGCUUUGCGAAUUCAUUAAGGAAAUUUCCAGUAGUAGAUUGGUCGUAUGAACAAAAAUGGACUGUUAUCUUAUUGCCACUGUUAAUAUUGUUUAAUGAUCCAAUUUUCCCUUUGACGCUUCUCACAAGUAAUCAACUAAUUGGAAUGUUAGAUGGUGUCUUCCAAAUAACAUUUAUCUGUGCAAUUUUAUUUUUUUGGCUUUGCAUUUAUCAUGGACUACGUCAAAAUGAAAGAAAACCGAUUUCAUUUUAUCUUCCAAAAGCAAUUUUAGUUGGCCCAUUUUGGAUAUGUGGUGUUAUAAUGGCCAAAUAUCGCCGAAUGAAUGAAUUCGAUGAUCCAGCAUUCAGUUACGAAAUUGAUUCUAACGCGUACACUAAUAUCAAGACCUGUGUAGGCAUUUUUGCAAUCAUUUAUAUAGUAUAUUUAGUAUGCUUGAUUUUGAGAGCAUACAGUGAUUUGCGUUCAAUGCCAUACUUUGAUGCUAGACUGAAAUUUGUAACUAUUUCAAUGGUCAUAUCACUUGUAAUAUGUUCAACCAUAACACAUAUGCAAUAUGGACUUGGAUUGAUUGAAGACUCAUUUGCUGCUGACUUGAACACGGAAUAUAUGACGUCAGCAUUGUUUAUGACCUUUUAUGGUAUAUGUAAUUUCUAUGUGUUUACUCUGGCUGCAGUUUACUCUCCAACAAAAAAACCAGGAUUUGAGUCUUCGAUAACAAAGGAUAAUCCUGCAUUCUCAAUGGUCAAUGACUCUGAAGAAGAUAUACCAUAUGGUUCAGAUGAAGAAAGCCACAAGCCACUAAAUCCUCCUAAUGAUGACAGUGAUUAAUUGUUUUCUAGUAGUUUAUUU